AUGGGUCUACUGCUCGGGGAUAUCCAUUACGACCACAGGGGCCGAACCCCAGUGGUCUCUGCAAAGAUUUGGGGUGCUGCCCCGCAUGUUCGGGCAGACAGGAGAAAAGAUCGAGUUGAGACCACUCCGGAGCAGCUGGCAGCAGCGUCUGCCGAGGCUGAGAGGAUGUCAGCAGCCACUGGCAUGAGGACACGUGUCAUUGGGUGGUACCACUCGCACCCACACAUCACUGUUCACCCAUCCCACGUUGACGUGCGCACACAGGGUAUGUAUCAGAUGCUAGACGAGGGCUUCGUGGGGCUCAUAUUUUCCGCCUUCAACCGAGCCUCCUCGCAUGCGCAAGUGAGUUGCAGGUCAGCUGCAGGCGGUGGCGUUUCAGUCUGUGUCAGCCCGCGACAAGGAGCAGCGGGAGUAGCGGUCACGGCACACACCGGCACGGGGGCAGUGGGCGCAGCUAGGCACCAAGAGCACUCCUCGCACCCUUCUGUUUCCGACCUCGAGCCUCAGGAGUUGGCAGUGGUGCUGGCUGCUGUGGAUGAUGACGUCCCAUCAUCUGACUUCACAUCACGGCAUGGGAGGAUGUUGCUGAUGGAGGAGAAGGAGGCGUAUGAGAGGGCAGUAGAGCACGCAGGCAGGCACGGUGAGCCUAACCCUUUGGAGUUGAUACACCACCACGCCACCUAUCAAGCUGCCUUGUGCCGCUUAAUGGAAACCUGCGUCGCGACGUCCGCCGCUAAAUCGCCGAUGCUGGCGGAAGCGGAGAUCCAGGCUCGAGGAUACCGAGCGGAAGCGGCGCACCUCAAGUCAGUGCUGGCAACAGUGUUGGGCGAGUUCCGUGACGUGGACACCACGGAAGCAGUAGCUCAGAUAGCAGAGCUCUGCCAGCUGCUCGCUGUCACGGACCCGCACUGCCUCCCCAGCGCCAUCACCCACCUGUCCACGCGUGCAUGGCACUGCGAGCAGCUGCUGCAGCGGAUGGAGCACACCCAGACCAGCCUGCAGGCAAGGCAGGAGCAGGUGGCUUCUCUUGCUGAGUGCAUUGAAAG